GGCCACCCGAAGUACACCAGGGAUCACUUGAAUCUUCUUUAAAAGACUUUUUUUAAUAGAUACUAGAUUUUUUUUCAAUCACUCAAAUCCAAUUGAGUAUUUGACUUGAGAAUCCAAUUUAUUUCAGUUAUAAAAGAGUAUGAGGUGGCAAACUUUAUCAAACUCUUUGCAUAAGUCUGUAAAUUUAAUUACUAAUUGGUUACUUGUUUUUAAUGCAUCUAAAAUAUAAAAGCAUUCUAGAAGUUUUUGAAUAGAGGAGACAUUUUAAUGAAGGGGAGCGUGGGAAUAUAAAUUUUAGAGAUGGGAUGAUAGUUGGUAAUACUGGUUUUUGUUGUUUAUAUUCAUCGUUUAACCCAAAAUUAAAAAUUAUUAAUUGCAUGAAAGAUUACUACCGACUAUGCCAUGAAAUGCAUCCAUUUGCCCAAGACAAAGCUGAGGUUAGGGAAAAAAGUAGCCGUGGAGCCGUCAUCGAGGACCGAUUUCAGAAGAAAGUAAAUUGGGUGCUUGAAGAAGGUUUUGGCCAUGUUUUUUCAGGAGGCGGUCGUUGCAUCCGUCCCAGUUACAUUGGGAAGGACCUGCAGGAGCUUCAACCAUACCAUCACCAACCACAACAACAACAACAACACCACCACCCCCACCAUACACUCAUUUAUCCUGACCAGCAGUACACUGGCCAGUACCCGGGUGUUGAAGGGUACAGCCUUAGGCCCCACCCUAGCGGUGGGAACAACGGUAUGACGGAGUAUGUUAGGCAGGAACUGAGGGCGAUGGUCGGUGCAAGGACCGGGGUGACAGGGAGUGGAGUGAGACAGUCAGGCGGUGGUCAGCAAGUCACGAUGUCACCCCAUCAUCAGGUCACCGGCCUCGAGAACCUUGGGAUAUCUUUUGACAUCCAACCACAAGUUGGUGUUUCUGAAAGUCCUAAAAUGUGGAGUGGCAUGUCAGAUAUGGGAGGAGCUAGUCCUCAAUCUGCUUCGCUGGCUUCAAGGAGCGGGCUUGAAGAAGUCAAUAGACCCAAUGACCAAAAAUCCUCCCUCCUACAGAAAUUACUUUCUGAGUAGCCUCGUGUACCUGUUCAUAAAUAGACUUUAUUUUACAUUUCUUCAAAGUGCAUUAUUAAUUGUUAUUAGUAAUAAAUCUUUAUAUUUUAUUUUGUGGAUAAACACUCUUGAAGUUGUAAAGUUGCAUCUUAACAGAAAUCUUAGUUAUUUUUCAAUUUGAAAACUUGAAAUGGACAAUUUUAUCAAUAGAUUUCUUGUUUAUGGAAGUUUAUAUAAAUUAAUAU